UGGGGCUGGUCCUGGCGGCGCAGCCCGGUCCCUAUCUCGGCUCCGCAGCAAGUCCCCCCACCCCCGCCCCCGGGUCUCACCAUGGACACUACGGAGACAGAGCUGACCCCAGCUCCUGAGGGCAGGAAGAGGUACAGUGACAUCUUCCAGAGCCUGGACAACCUGGAGAUAUCACUGGGGAACGUGGCUUUCGACCCCUUGGCUGGAGACCUUGUACUCAGACAGGACCUGGAGCCUGACAAGACUGCCACAGCCACGGUGAGCAGUGAAGCCAGAUGGAGUGAUCCCUCCCCAGAGGGUCCUGUACCCCUCACAGAGGAAGAACUAGAUUUGCGACUCACUCGGACGAACGGUGGCGUAGAUGCUGCCCUGGAGUAUGCCAAGGCAUGGAGCCGCUAUGCCAAGGAGUUGUUGGCCUGGACAGACAAGAGGGCCAGCUACGAGCUGGAGUUUGCUAAGAGUGUCAUGAAGAUCGCUGAGGCCGGCAAGGUGUCCAUUCUCCAGCAGAGCCAAAUGCCACUCCAGUACAUCUACACCUUGUUUCUGGAGCAUGACCUCAGCCUGGGAGCCCUGGCCGUGGAAACGCUGGCCCAGCAGAAGAGAGACUACUACCAGCCUUUAGCAGCCAAAAGGAUGGAAAUUGAGAAGUGGAGAAAGGAAUUCAAGGAGCAGUGGCUGAAGGAGCAGAAACGCAUGAAUGAGGCGGUGCAGGCACUACGGCGCACCCGGCUCCAGUACAUUCAACGCAGAGAGGACCUUUGGGCACGUUCCCAGGGGUCCCCUGAGGACCCUCCUCCCCAGGCAUCACCCGGAUCCAGCAAGCAGCAGGAGCGCAGACGACGCUCCCGAGAGGAGGCACAGGCCAAGGCACAGGAGGCGGAGGCUUUGUACCAGGCCUGCAUCCGGGAGGCCAAUACACGCCAGCAGGAUCUGGAAACCACCAAGCGGCGGAUAGUGUCACAUGUACGCAAACUGGUGUUGCAAGGAGACGAAGUACUUAGGCGGGUCACACUGGGCCUGUUUGAGCUGCGAGGGGCACAGGCAGAGAGAGGACCUCGAGCCUUCUCAGCUCUGGCUGAGUGCUGUGCGCCCUUUGAGCCUGGCCAGCGCUACCAGGAGUUUGUGCGGGCGCUGCAGCCUGAGGCCCCGCCACCACCAUCUCCUGCCUUCUGCUUCCAGGAGUUCACGCCUGUGCUACACAGUUCCCCUCAGGACACAAGAAAAAAGUUUUUGGGGCCCCCACAUGCCAGGCUGGAGGAGGGUUACUCUGAGGCUGGCCCUUGGGAGGAUACCAGCUCAGGCAGCCAGGGGAUGCCAGGCCCCACUCCAGGCAGUGAUGUGGACAGUGUAGGUGGUGGCAAUGAAUCCCAGUCCCUGGAUUCCCCUACUUCCAGCCCAGGUGCUGCUACUCGGCGGCUUGUGAAGGUGUCAUCUGUAAACACUGAGUCCUCUGAUGACUUUGAGGAGCGAGACCCUGAUCUGGGGGAUGGGAUGGAGAAUGGACUAGGCAGCCCCUUCAAGAAGUGGACACUGUCCACAGCUGCUCAGACCCACCGGCUACGGCGGCUGCGUGGUCCAGCCAAGUGCAGAGAAUGUGAAGCCUUCAUGGUCAGCGGGACAGAGUGUGAAGAGUGCUUUUUGACCUGUCACAAGCGCUGUCUGGAGACCCUCCUCAUCCUUUGUGGACACCAACGGCUUCCAGCCCGGAUGCCUCUCUUUGGAGUUGACUUCCUACAACUCCCCAGAGACUUCCCUGAGGAGGUGCCCUUUGUGGUUACCCGGUGCACAGCUGAGAUAGAGCAUCGCGCCCUGGGCCUGCAGGGUAUCUAUCGGGUCAGUGGGUCUCGAGUGCGUGUGGAGCGACUGUGCCAGGCCUUUGAGAAUGGCCGAGUGCUGGUUGAACUGUCGGGAAACUCUCCUCAUGACAUCACCAGUGUCCUCAAGCGAUUUCUUCAAGAGCUCACUGAUCCCGUGGUCCCCUUCCACCUCUACGACGCCUUCAUCUCUCUGGCAAAGACCCUGCAUGCAGACCCCGGGGACGACCCUGGAGCCCCCAGCCCCAGCCCUGAGAUUAUCCGCUCGCUGAGGACCCUCUUGGUGCAGCUCCCUCCCUCUAACUACAGCACUGUGCGGCACCUGGUGGCCCAUCUGUUCAGGGUGGCCGCUCGGUUUGAAGAAAAUAAGAUGUCUGCCAACAACUUGGGAAUUGUAUUUGGGCCUACGCUGCUGCGGCCACCAGAUGGACCCAGGGCCCCCGGAGUCAGCCCUGUGGCCUGUCUGCUGGACUCCAGUCACCAGGCUCAGCUUGUUGAAUUCCUCAUUGAGCACUAUGAGCAGAUCUUUGGGAUGGACGAGCUCCCUCUGGCCUCUGAGCCCCUGACCCAAGAUCCUGGCCUGGCUCCCACACUCCUCGAAUCCAGUCCCCAGCACCCAGCCCCACUUCUUGCCCAAGACAUACAACCCCUGACCAUAGCCUCAGACUGCAGCCCAGAUCCCAAACUCCACAGUGCCCCGGAGAAGUGUCUGGAGGUCACACCUUCUGAGAUUACAACUCUGCAGAGGGACCAAAGGGAGGAGAAGGAGGUGGAAAACACCAGAGAUGGGGCAGGGGAAGGGUCCAGCCACAACCCUGAGGACUUGCUCCUGGGAACACAAUCCCGGGGCCACUUCAGUCGCCAGCCAGUGAAGUAUUCACGGGGAGGUGUACGACCAGUCACUCAUCAACUGUCCAGCUUGGCUCUGGUAGCUUCCAAACUGUGUGAGGAGACUCCUGUUACCGUUUCAACAGUGCACCGAGGUAGUUUGAGGGGACGAAGCCUGGGCCCUGCUGCUGCCUCUCCUGAAGGCAGCCCCCUGCGCCGAAACCCUCUGCCCAAGCACUUUGAGAUCACCCAGGAGACAGCCCGGCUACUCUCCAAGCUGGACACUGAGGCUAUGUCCAGGGCUGCCUGUUGUGCUGACACUGAGCCUGAGGGAUCUGAGGAACAUCUCUGACCACCCACCAUCCCAGGACUGAACUGAUGACCCCAUAUGUCUCUCUUCCUGCCCCACCUGGUAACCAGACCAAUUUAGUGGGGUGUGGGGAAAGACAGGUUACCAGAGAGUUGGGUAAGGAAGACCACCCGUCUUGGGAAGUCCUCACCAUCUCCCUGUCAGAGGAGGUUAAAACGGCCAGACAACACAGGUGCACAGGCGAAUCAGGAUCAAUGACUCAGUUGAAUCAGUAUUCAAUGGUCAAUACAGGUCCGAAGAUCCUUGGGGUUACCCCAGUCUCUGACCUCCCAUACAGAUGUCUGACUACUCUGAUCAUAACAGCUCCUGGCCCUAGUGCCACUUGCCUCCUUGACAGAUUCUAUGUGAGUAGAUGGGUAGCCCUCUCACCUGCUUUUACGUCUUUCUGGGUUUGGUUUGUUUGUUUGUUUGUUUGUUUGUUUGUUUUGAGACGGGGUCUAUUGUAGCUCUGGCUGGUCUGGAACUCCCUAUGUAAACCAGGUUGUUAUAGAACUCACAGAUAUUCCCUCCUCCUAAGUGCUGGCCAAAUCUGGAUUCUUAUAACCUCUGAAUAAAGCCAUGUCCUGGUUGAAUACAACGGUGCUAACGUGCUAGCGGUGCUUGCUGCAAAGCCUGACCCACUUGGUAGUA